AUGGCGAAGCAAUGCUCUUCUUCAUCCCAGAAGAACAAGCAGAACAAGCAGAACAAGCAGAACAAGCAGAACAACUACAAAAACACUCGUUCACGGGAUGCAGAAGCCCGAGUCGCACACUUGUGGCGCGCUGCCAGGGCGUUGCAACAGAGCCUAUCGGCGGUCUCGCGCUCGUAUGUGCUGCUCAUGCGAAAGAUCGCUACGAGGGUGAACCUUCAACUGGACUGUGAGAAUGUCAAGCGGCACACCUGUAAGCGCUGUGGCAGCAUCUUCCAACCUGGAAGAAACACGUUUGUACGCGUUCGCCGACAACGACUAGUGCUUCACUGCAAAAUUUGCGGAGCCUUUCGAAGGUUUCCCAUCAAGUUUGUUGCGUCUGGGAGCGUCGCGCCAGCGAUUCCAAACGUGGUUCGUUCGGUUCCAGUGCGUGACGAGGAAAAUACGCCGUUUUCUCCAACAAGUGCGACAGCGGUGACCCGCGACGAACGAUAG